CUAGAUAUAUAUAUUUAGCCUAGCUAUGAAUUCAGUAGCUUUGUCACAGACACGUUAGCUUGUGCUAAACGGUAACAGUAGCUACUUAGGAUUUGAUUGUUAAAUUAUGUUUACGCGACCGUAUCUGGUAGACAGUUUUUUUUUCCUGGAUGAAAGUGAAAGGUGUUAUGUUAGUAAACGUGGUACAUUAGUCGACCUCCUUGGUGGACAUAAGCUACUAUAGCGUUAAAGUAGAUUAAGCACCAUUAGACAAUAAAAAUGUUCAGUUCAACGUAGCGGACAUUACUUUAAUUUCACUUUCAGUUUUGUCAAAUCAGCAAAUCAGCCUGGAUUUACCUAAUCAAAUCAGUCACUAUAGUUUGACGGUAAAUGCGGGGUUAACCUGAUGUUUACGGUAACAGUCUUGCGCUCGUUGAGAAGAGCCGUGAGAUUCACGCAGAAGUUAUCAACUCAUUUUACUGUAUAGUUUUCGAGUAAUCGUCUACUACAUGUCAUACAGGAAGCUAAAUUGACAGAAACUGCCAAAGUAUGACGAUCAAUAAUACCAGUUCCUCUAAACAGUAGAUCACAAGUCCUUCAUAUGACUACUUAGUACUUCAUAGAGUACUAUUACUAUCACUUAUUUGACUCUAUACCUUAGAGUAAUCCACUACUCAAGUGUUCUACACUCGACAUAACUGAGCUUUGGUUUUGAAUAAAACCUGUUCCUUCAAUUAGAAUAUUCUUUCACUGUUAAUACUCCCUGAAUUCUGAUAUUUUAUUAUUUCAUAUUUUUUGUACUUUGCAAUAGGCUGCCGUUCUGAAGUAAUAGAAUUGUUUGCACGCAACAGUGAGUCUCACGGCUCUGAAUGAUCUCAACACUGUUACCGUAAACAUUGCAUGAAUCCCGCACUUAAACUAUAAUGACGGCUGACUGACUACGGAAAUGCAAACAGGUUCACUUGAACGCUGUUACGCACGAAUGUUUUUCUCUAGUAUCACACCUAGAAUGAGUCUCACUAAACCUUGGCUUAACGUUUACCGAGGUAGUUUUGCUACCGAGCCGGACAACGUGCACAAAAGCACAUUUGGGAAUCUACUCGGAAGUUAAAGUUGUCACGUGACCGCAUUUCUUUUCCAGCCCGUCGUGCUGCGUUCUCAAGUUGUUUGUGUGUUUUCAAUCUUUCUCUUGCGCUGGACUUCCCAGAACCAUCCCAGUAAACCAGGCCUCCAGCCAGUGUCCGCUUGGAUUUAGCCGUGAGUAGAAAUGGACACCGACAGGACCGCCGUACAGUGGGGACCUUCCCCCGCUCAGCCUCCAGCGUAUUCGGCCCACGUUGACACCGCAGUCCCACCGACUGCACCUGUGGGUUCUCCGUACCCACCAGCGGGACCUCCGUACCCACCAGCGGGACCUCCGUACCCACCAGCGGGACCUCCGUACCCACCAGCGGGACCUCCGUACCCACAAGCGGCCCCUCCGUACUCACAAGCGGCUCCUCCGUACCCGCCCGCGGGUCCUGCUCCUGGUGCGUUUGGAGCGAACGUUCACCCUCAAGGAGGUUCAGGAUAUGGAACUAACACUUCUUCACCAUAUAAUCCACCAGCACCAGGUGUUGUUUACUAUAACCCAGAGGAUCCACCACCACCACCCUUUGAAGAGAAUGAAUUGUUUGACUUUGGAUUAGAAAAUAAGAUGAUAAGAAGAGCCUUUAUUCGAAAGGUCUUCCUGGUGUUAACCGUGCAACUAAUGGUGACGUUCGCCUUUGUGGCUGUUUUCACCUUUGCGGAACCAGUCAAGGGGUUUGUCAGGGUGAACUUUUGGACAUACAUAGUGUCCUACAUUGUUUUCUUUGUUUCACUUUGUGUGAUCAGCUGCUGUGGAAACGUUCGUCGAAAACAACCUUGGAACUUCGUGGCACUGGCCGUCCUGACUCUCAGCCUUUCCUACAUGGUGGGAAUGAUUGCCAGUUACCAUGAGACUGACUCUGUGAUCAUGGCAGUAGGCAUCACAGCAGUUGUGUGCUUCACAGUGGUGCUCUUCUCUCUGCAGACCAAAUACGACUUCACUUCCUGUCAUGGCGUCCUUUUUGUCUGUUUGAUAGUCCUGUUUGUCUUUGGUCUCCUCUGCAUCAUAAUCCAAAACCACAUUUUGCACAUUGUGUAUGCUGGACUGGGAGCUCUAAUCUUCACCUGUUUCUUGGCAGUCGACACCCAGCGGCUGCUUGGCAAUAAGGAACUGGCCCUGAGUCCAGAGGAAUACAUUUUUGGCGCCCUUAACCUGUACUUGGAUAUCAUCAACAUUUUCCUCUAUAUUCUUUCCAUCCUUGGUAGUUCAAGGAGUGGCUGAACAGGAGCAACAACACACAAAAAUGUAGUAGUAGUAGUAGUAGUAGUAGUAGUAGUAGUAAAGGAGGAUUGUAGAACUCAUUUGCUUUACAUUCUGUAAAUAUUUUUUUCCAUAAUAACAAAGACAUAACAUUUUAAGGUUUACUAUGAUUUUACCACAGCUUUCAACUGUAUUUCAGUUUUUGCCAGCAGAUAAAGGUUGCAGUUGUUGAUGUAGAAGUGAUUUCACUCUCUCACUAAUUGAUUAUCUGCGUGGACUAGUAGGUAGCAACCCUGUGAUACAUUAAAAAAGGACCAUUAUGCAAACUUUUAUAGAUUGUUAAGAAUAAAGUUCUUAUGCUUGAUCUGAAAGAGGGAAGAUAAAAUGAAGCUGAUGAAAUGGGGUGGAUUUAGGAAUGUCAUGAUUCUAGUGUCAGCUAAAAGUACUGUAUGAGCAAAGGAAUAUGUGAAACUAAUUGAUUAGUGAACAUUUUUACUUUUUUUUACACUGGUGCAUCGUUAAUGAUUAAUUAGAAUCAGUUAUUCAGCUUGAAUGUCAGUGCAUCUUUAUCAAAUGUCUCCAUGACAACUGAUUUCUUUUGUUUGGUUUGAAAACUACAAAGUUCCCUUUUGAUUUUGAAUAACUGCUGUUUCCAUGGUUAAGAAACAACUGUUACUAAUUAAAUAUGCAUUAUUUCUAA